AUGAAUGAUGAUGACGACGUGGAAGAGUUCAGCAAAAAGUAUGUGGUGGAAAAAAGGCUGGUUUCACAGUACCUGGAACAUUUUCGCGAACUAGAAAGAAGGAAAAAAAAGAGGGAAGAUAGCAGAAAGGGCGCAAGUCUGGAAGAAAAGAGAAAGACCUUUGAAGAUUACAACUGGAAAGCUAUUUACAGGGAAGGAAAAAUAAAGAAACUGAAAGUUGUUGUAUUGGACAUGUAUAUAUCAAUGAGAAAUUUGAAGCAGUCGAAAGGGGCGUUAAAGCAAGAAAAAGUCGAUAUCGUAUCACUUGACAUAGCAAAGUCGCUAGUCCCUGAUAACCGUCAACUUUCUGAUGAUGACAGAGAUAGUAACGACCAGGAUUCUGGUGACGACGAUGUUGUCGUGCAGGAGAUUGGAAGUGAUGAGGAUGAUAUUGAUUCCGACGACGAUGAAGAACAAAUUUAUGAAGGUGAUGCGGGAGAAGAGGAGGAGGAGGAAGAAAACAUUUCCAACCUUUUGCAGACCACAAGAUCUG